AUGAAGAGGAAUCUUGUUGUACACAAGCUGAUUGCAAAGAGCAAAGGUCCUCUAACCCCCUAUGCAACUGAAGCCCUAGACAAGAUCAAACAAGAAGCUGCUGAGUACACUGUUAUCUUUAACUCUAUCUCCAAGUAUCAAGUUAAUGGGCCAAGAGACAACAAAGUAGUGAACUUGGUGGAGAAAAGUUGCACCUGCAGAAGAUGGGACUUGACUGGCAUCCCUUGCAAGCAUGCGGUUGCUUGUAUAUGGAACUUGGCCCUACAUGGCAAGGAUGAUGGUGUAUUGGAGAAGUGGGUUGAUAAAUCAUACUGGAUGCAGACUUGGAAGGAUGUGUAUUCUCAUGUAAUUGAUCCAGUAGAUGGUCAAUACUUAUGGACACCUUCCACAUGCCCUACUAAGCUGCUUCCACCAAAGCACCACAAGCAAAUAGGCAAGCCAAAAAAGAAAAGGAAGAAAUCUGCUGUGGAAAUCACUGAGUUGACUCAACAGAUGGAAUCCAGUGGCAAGAUGUCAAGAAAGGGUGAAACUGUGGAAUGCAGCAAGUGUAAAAGGAGGGGCCAUAACAGGAGGAGUUGCAAGGGGACUGAUGUUGAAUAG